AUGGAAGAGAACUCGGCCGUCGAGAUGGCGAAGCGCAAGAACAGCGGACGGGAGCGCGAGGACCCCACGAAGAAACACCAGUUGGAUGCGGCGUCGGACGCGACCUCCGCCACAAUGCGUACGAAGACUCGAAAAGACUCCAAUAUCCGUGCGGAUCAAACGCCGAGCCUGCCCCUGGUACUACCCAUGCUACCUCCACGAUAUCUCUUGCGCCCGGCUCAGAGAUCUGGUCUCGACUGCACCCGUCGUGCAUCCACGCCUCCCCAUUUGGCCCUCACCCCGAGCCACGAGCAUCCCCCACUUCCACUGCCGCUCACUGAGCCCAGCAAUCUAGUGGCCGGAAAAAAGCAGAUGCACUUCCGCUUCCUGGAUCUGCCCAAGGAAGUGCGGUUCAUGGUUUACGACUGCUUAGGCUGCGAUACAUGCCACUCAGUCGCUCACGCUCAGAUGGGGCUGUGGUACAAGGACACCCCUUCACCAUUCGGACUGUUCCGCACCUGCCGCUUCAUCUACGACGAGGCCCGCGCUCUCUUGCGAUGCUGUCGUCGGGUGGGUGGCCUCACGCUUCUUGCGUCCGUCAAGAGCGCUGAGGACUGGUCACUCAGCACACACGUGGCGGCAAUGAUCCAGAACGGAGUCAUGUAUGACGAAGUGGAGAAAGCGUCACGGAAGGAGGGCGUGCUGGGCGCGCACUUGCCAUUGAGCCAUUGGUGGAGGAAACGCGUUUCCACACGCGAAGCGAAGCGCGAAACCCGGGCCCUGGUUGCGGGCCGACGCUCAGGAGCGAUGGUCUGGCCUCAAGAGCAAGGCAGCAAGGAACCCAAGAAGAGCCUUGAACAGGUGCAGGGUUUUGCCCGCCAAUUUGGUCAUGUAGGACUGUUGAAGUUGAUGGGUGGGCAGACGGUACAUAUCCGCCUCCUAGUAGCCGAGAACAGCGGGAGCAUUGAGGAAGAGGGUGCUAUCGAAGAUGAUGCUGGCGAAAAGAGCGACGCAGCCGACUCCGAUGUGGACGAGCACAAUGGUAGCAGCAAGGACAAGUACACCGACAAAACAACACGGGCGGCUAUGAGCAAGACGUCCACGACGGCGACGAUGAUGAAGUCCAAGACGUAG